AUGAGUACCGGAACUCCGUACAUUGGGAGUAAAAUCAGUUUGAUCUCCAAAGCUCAGAUCCGCUAUGAGGGGAUUUUAUACACCAUCGAUACCGACAAUUCCACCGUGGCUCUGGCUAAAGUGAGGUCCUUCGGCACAGAGGGGCGUCCUACAGACCGCCCUGUACCGCCCCGGGAUGAGGUUUUCGAUUACAUAAUCUUUAGAGGAAGCGAUAUCAAGGACAUUACGGUGUGCGAGCCUCCAAAACUUCACCAUGGACUUCCUCAGGAUCCUGCCAUCGUCCAGUCAUCAGUCGGAGGUUCAUCUUUAUCUUAUGGCCCUCAGGCAGGGUACAGUCCCUACCGGGGCAUGAUGCCCUCGUACAACCCGCUUGCUGCCAGCUCGCUGCUUAACCAGCAGUACGCCGCCGCCCUCGGGCUGGCUGGUCUUCAUGGCCCUCUGAGAAGAGGGCCCAUGGUGGAGCAGGCGGUUCAGACAGCACCAGCCGAUAAACAAGCUCAGAAGAAAGGAGCAGGGGCGCAGCAGCAACAGCAGCAGGCUCGAGAUGGGGGCAGGAUGCAAAGAGCCAGAGGGAAUGCUGCAACUGCUCAGCGAAGGGACUCGCAAGGACAAAACCAGGCUAACGAUGAGAACAGGCCGCCACAGAGACGACGACAAGGUAAUCGCAGAACCAGAAAUCGCAGCCGAGGUCAGAUCCUGGUGGGGAACGCGAAGCCCACCACCCUUCAGUUCGAGUCGGACUUUGAUUUUGAAACGGCUAACGCCCAGUUCAACAAGGAGGAACUCGCCAAGGAGGUUGAGGAAGACCCCCCAGUCAAAGGUCCGUCAUUUACUGUGGAGGAGAAGGAAAAAUCUGACUCUGGUGUGGAGACACAAAACAGUGAAGGUGCGGUCGAGGAGGAUCCAUUCGGACCCAAAUGCUUCUACAAUAAAGCAAAAUGUUUCUUCGAUAACAUCUCGUCCGACAUCAAAUCCAGGCGUACGACGUGGGCGGAGGAGCGCAAGCUAAACGUGGAGACGUUCGGCGUGCCCGGGCGCUUCCUGAGAGGCCGUGGUUUUCGAGGUGGAGUCCGAGGGAGGAGAGGAAGAGGAAUGAACCAGCGUCUCCCGGCUCAGCAGGCCGUGGGGACCGGCAGGGCGUGAACCGAUGUUGGAGACUCCUCACAUGUAAAUAAACAUGUCUGUAAUUUUUCUUUCUGGAUUGUUGAGUGACUUCGGU